GGAGCGGACCGAGAGCGGACGCCGGGCUCUUGGUUGGAGGCUGAAGGCCGAGGCCGGGAGAGGAAGACUGGUGGUGGUGGGCACCGAGGCCCCGGGUCGCAACUCGGGCCCGAACCCGCCCGGGUCUGGGGCUGGGCGGGGGCAGCCGGGGACUAGGGGGCGCCCGGGGUCGCCAUGGCAACGCGCUGCCGCCCCCCCCCCCCGUUCCUUCUGGUUCCCUCCAGGGUUCUAGGGCCUAAUGGCCGAGGGCUUGUGGUCUGACGGCUUCCUAGGGGCGAAGACGCGGCUGCCUGGGGGGCCGCUCCCGGGUCGGUGGAACAGUCGGGGACGGGCGAUGACUUUUCAGGUUUGGGGGUGGCGGAGGGAAGACGCGUCUCAGGUUUUGGCCUGGGUGCCAGACGCCGAGGGCGGGAGAGGUGCAGCGAUGUCGCGCAAGACCCCGGCUACAAAAGACCCCACAGCUGUAGAGAGAGCAAACUUGUUAAACAUGGCUAAAUUGAGUAUCAAAGGACUCAUUGAAUCUGCUCUAAGCUUUGGCCGCACUUUGGAUUCUGACUAUCCCCCCUUGCAGCAGUUCUUUGUUGUUAUGGAACAUUGUCUGAAACACGGUCUUAAAGUAAGAAAAUCAUUUUUGAGUUAUAACAAAACUAUCUGGGGCCCCUUGGAAUUGGUGGAAAAGCUGUACCCGGAAGCAGAGGAAAUAGGAGCCAGUGUCCGGGAUUUACCUGGUCUUAAGACCCCGCUAGGUCGUGCAAGAGCAUGGCUUCGAUUAGCCCUCAUGCAAAAAAAAAUGGCUGAUUACCUGCGUUGCUUAAUUAUUCAGAGGGAUCUCUUAAGUGAAUUUUAUGAGUAUCAUGCGCUAAUGAUGGAAGAAGAAGGAGCAGUGAUUGUUGGGCUGCUGGUUGGCCUGAAUGUGAUAGAUGCUAACCUGUGUGUAAAGGGAGAAGAUUUAGACUCACAAGUUGGAGUGAUUGAUUUUUCCAUGUAUUUAAAGAAUGAAGAAGAUAUUGGAAAUAAAGAAAGGAAUGUUCAAAUUGCUGCCAUAUUAGACCAGAAGAAUUAUGUUGAAGAAUUAAAUAGACAACUGAACAGCACAGUCAGCAGUCUCCAUUCAAGAGUUGACUCGUUAGAAAAGUCAAAUACUAAGCUGAUUGAAGAGUUAGCAAUAGCAAAAAAUAAUAUCAUUAAACUCCAAGAAGAAAAUCAUCAAUUACGAAGUGAAAAUAAAUUGAUUUUAAUGAAAACACAGCAGCACCUGGAGGUUACCAAAGUGGAUGUGGAAACUGAGCUUCAGACAUAUAAGCAUUCUCGGCAGGGGCUGGAUGAAAUGUACAACGAAGCCAGAAGGCAGCUUCGAGAUGAAUCUCAGUUAAGACAGGAUGUGGAAAACGAGCUAGCGGUACAAGUUAGUAUGAAACAUGAAAUUGAACUUGCUAUGAAGUUGUUGGAGAAAGAUAUCCAUGAGAAGCAGGAUACUCUGAUAGGCCUUCGGCAACAACUAGAGGAAGUUAAAGCAAUUAACAUAGAAAUGUAUCAAAAGUUGCAGGGUUCUGAAGAUGGCUUGAAAGAAAAAAAUGAAAUAAUUGCCCGACUAGAAGAAAAAACCAAUAAAAUUACUGCAGCCAUGAGGCAACUGGAGCAAAGAUUGCAGCAAGCAGAGAAGGCGCAAAUGGAAGCUGAAGAUGAAGACAAGAAAUAUCUACAAGAGUGUCAGAGUAAAUCCGACAAUCUGCAGAAACAAGUCUCCCAAAAGGAGAAACAGCUGGUGCAGCUGGAAACUGAUUUGAAGAUUGAGAAGGAAUGGAGACAGACUUUGCAGGAAGAUCUUCAAAAGGAGAAAGAUGUCUUAUCUCAUCUUCGAAAUGAGACCCAACAAAUCAUUGAUCUUAAAAAAGAGUUCCUUAACAUCCAGGAUGAAAAUCAGCAGUUGAAAAAAAUAUAUCAUGAACAGGAGCAAGCUCUUCAAGAACUUGGCAACAAACUUAGCGAAUCAAAACUUAAAAUAGAAGAUAUAAAAGAAGCCAACAAAGCAUUGCAGGGACUGGUUUGGUUGAAAGACAAGGAAGCAACACAUUGUAAACUUUGUGAAACAGAAUUCUCACUUUCUAAGAGAAAGCACCACUGUAGAAAUUGUGGGGAAAUUUUCUGUAACGCUUGCUCUGACAACGAACUGCCUUUGCCUUCUUCACCAAAGCCGGUACGAGUUUGUGAUUCCUGUCACGCAUUGCUGAUCCAGAGAUGCUCGUCUAAUUUGCCAUAAGACUCCAGACUAAGUCCUUGUUUAUGAAAGUACCUACAAUGAAUGGUCAGUGUAUGAACCAUGUACAUGAUGUAUUUAGUCAGCCCUUCUUAAGCAGCUUUCAGACCGUACUGGUACCAGUUUUAUCUUCCACAUAUACAGCACAUGGGAAUUAGAAGCUGUAGAAUAGCUCAUUGUUAUUCAGAAAGAACAUUCAACAGGGCAUGCUUUAAAAUAACUUGUUAAUUCCUAAUUGAUGUAAUAGUUGUGUAACUUGUAACACCACUAAAAAGGCCAGAUAGCAGAGCUAACACACAUUUGCCUUAUUGUGUAAAGGUCUUCUUAAAAAUAGGGGUUCAGAUUCUUUUACUCUGCAAAUUGUCAAGUAUUUGAUGGUGCCUGUAAUUUUCUUAAUGCACUUUAAAGUAUCACAGUUCUCAGAUCAGAAAUACAUUGAGCUAUUUGCAAGUAUUAAUAUUCCAGUUCAACAGUCUUUUCAUUAGCUUGCUAAGGUUUCAUCCUUAAUAACUUGUCCUUUCUGCCCCACUUCCUUUGUCCGUUUUCCAUUAGAAGAGGCCAAUAUUUUAUCCUGUAAAAAUUUCCUUUUGGUCUUCCUCUAAUCAAUGUAUUUAUUGGUAUUUUCAGAUAUAGUAGGUUAAAGAGGUAUUAUUUUACCUCAACUUUUUCCAUAUUUUGAGAGGAAGUUGAACUAGUCUUUAAAUUAUUACUUACACAUCUUUUCCACGUUAUACCUGACUCACCAAACUUGAGGGAGGGCUCAACACCUCUUAGAAAGAAAAAAAUCCAUCCCAGAAGAAAAUGUUUAUUAAUAGUAAGGGGUUACAGGCUCCUGAUUGAUUCUCCUCUAAGCAUCAAAGGAGAAAUCUAAAGUAGUUUGCCUUUGAUGGAACUUGAGUAAUUAAAAAUUUUAUUCUAUUUACAUUCCAGUAGAUUUUAGGAAGCAUUACAGUGUAGUGAUCCACUACUGCAGUUCUGUAUAGAGUGAAAUAUUCACCCUAUACUGAAUGCCUCCAAGCCAGGAUCCUGAGCAGAUGAAGAUGUGGUCUCAGCCCUGCCACGAAAUACAUGGUCUAUUUCCAGCAUGAAAGAGUCAAACACUAAUCCCAUUUUACCAUUCUUAUAGCACACCAAGAAUAUGUAAAAGGUUACUCAUCUCAUUAAUCCUUUGAGUACCAUCACCACUUAGAUCCUUUUUUGCCCCUUUGGUGUUAACUUUAGCCAUGCACUUUAAGUCUGUGAACCUUUCAAACAGGUCAGAUAGGAAUCUUUGAUUACUCCUAGGAGCAUUACAUUUAGUAAAUUAAUCAUGCCCCCCACCCACCUAAAAUGGGGUUAUUCUGCAGGAUCCUUUCCUCAGAGUAUAUAUACUUUCACUAGGGCUUAAUUUUCUAAAUUGCCAAAGUAUGAAAUCAGUAUUUUACUUGAGGAUUUAUUUUCUCCAAAUCCCGUUAGCUUUUGAGGUCUUCAGUUAGAACCUGCUGUACAGAUUUUUAGGUGGUCUUUCUUGAAUGCCGACAGAAAUGCUGUCAAGAGAAUUAUAUUCUUGAACUGUUUUUACUGAUGGGGUGAUUAACAUUUUUAUGAUUGUUAAAAAUGAGAAUAAGCAACUAUGAAGUUUCAAAUACUGUGUUUUUUUAUUACUGUGCUUAUUAAUACACACUUUAAAAUGUGAUUUUGCUUAAAUCCCAAAGCUGGGUUUCAUUCAACAAAUAAACCAUGAUUUUCAGUUCCCCAUUAAAUUCUUUCUUAUUCAAAACUCCUGUUUAUCACCACUGGUUUUGGGCUUUUUGUAGUCAAGCUUUUAUGAUAGCAAUACAAUUUGCUUCAUUUAGUUUCGGUUCUUAUUUAAAAGCUAUUUAUACUAAAUGUUGGAUUUUGUUGUAAAACUUCACUUGUAUUGUGAACCUACACUUUCUAAUCUUCAAGAUUUGCCCUCAUUGAAAGUAUUUAUCUUCAUGAAUUUCACAUACCAUUCCUUCGUCUAGCCAGUACUACCCACAGUAAUGCUAUGUAUCAUAGUGCCAAGGAAUUGUGACUGUAAUUCUUCUACUCUGCAAUGUUUUAAAAUGUGAAUUUUAUAAACCAAAUAAAACAUGAAAAAUUAGCCCUUCAAAGGGCAACUUGCACUUA